CUGCCCUGGAGACAAGUCCUAAUCAUCUGGGGGUGUGAUUAUGUUCAGUUCUUCCUCCCCAAACCCCCCAGACGUAAUUCAGAUCCAAACUGGAGAGACGGGCAGGCACGCAAGAGGGGACCCCAGCAUUGCAUAGCCCUCCCAAAGCCAUGUACAGGAGCAACUUCCUCCGUGAGGUGCGCAAGGAGAAGUACGAGCGGUCGGAUGCCUACGAUGAGCUGCGAGGCUCCCCCGAAUUCGACAGCUUGGCCCAAGCCAGGGGCCUGGAGAACCUGCAGGAGCUCAACGAGCGCUUCGCCAUCUACAUCAACCGGGCACGCGUGCUGGAGCAGCGCAACACCAUCCUGCGCAAGCAGCUGGAGACCUUCCAGCGCGUGGACGAGCUGGUGGGCUUGGAUGAAUCCUUCGCUGGGCAGAUCGAGUUCAACCGCCAGCGAAUGCGGGAGCUGGCAUCCGACCGAGCCAAGCUGGAGCGGGAGGAGAAGGAUGCCCAGCGCAUGCUCGAUGAGUACCGCAACAAGUAUAGAAAUGAACGUGAAUAUCAGCAGAGGCUAAAAGAAACCCUUGAACGCCUUAAUAAGGAAGCUGAUGAAGCACUGCUGUGCAACCUGGAGCUGCAGAUCGAGUCCCAGUUCCUGCAGGAUGACAUUAAUGCCACAAAGGACAGAUAUAAGAAGAACCUUAUGGAAAUCCAGACCUAUGUCAACGUUUUGCAGCAGAUCAUCCAGACAACCCCUCGUGUGUCCCCUAUAAGCCCUGGUGUAUGUGAGGAAAAACUGAUAGCGGAGAGGAGGAUCCCUGUUCUGCAGAGCCAGCUGGAGGAAUACAAGAGCAUCCUCUGCCAGCUACAGGCACAAAAAUACAAACUGCAGACAGAGACAACCAUGCUGGAGCAAGCGAUUAAAAACACCCAGGAGAGUUACGAUGAUGAAAUUCAGCUUUACAAUGAGCAGAUUGAAAACCUAAGGAGGGGGAUAGAGGAGGCCGAGAGGACCUUGGAGAAGUACACGACCGACUGCCGCCAGCUGGUGAUCUACCAGCAGUCCUUGGAGAAUGAGCUGGAACGGUACAAACGUGUCAUCGAGAACGAGGACAGCCGGUUAAACUCUGCUAUAGCAGGAACGCCAGUCACACUCUUCACGCAGAUCUAUAGACCUGUCCAGCCUCAAGCUUCGAGGGGAAGAGAUAUCACCCAGGCCGUGCAAGACAUUGCCAGUGUAAAGCCCAGACAAAAAGCUCUGACAAAGAAAGUUGCCAGGAAAAAGGAGUUGAUAUCUAAAGACAUAUCCAACGGUCUCUCGCCUGAAAGAAUGUACGAAAGACCUCUGGAAGGUUUUGACAAAGAUCAGCUGGAGUUUGGGCAUGAAGACUCAGUCACAUGUGAAGCUGAGCAGGAAGGGUUAGAACUUGAGGAGAAAGAAACGGGCCCAGAGGACGUACCUGAUGGAGCCCAGAUAAGUAAAGCCUUUGAUAAAUUGUGUAACAUUGUGAGGGAGAAAAUAAGAGUCUACAAGAGACCAGAGCCUAAACCUGAGGCCCAUCCCAAAGGGCGUUACGUGCUGGUAACAGGGGAGGAAAGCUAUGAAGAACCGUGCAUCUUGGCCCCCUCCGUCCCAGCUGGGGGAGGAAUCACAGUUUCCACCAGCAACGGGAAGGUGAUGAACGGUGGUGAUGUGGAGCCCAUACCAGAGCUGCCAGAACCUACUGAACCAUCAGAAAAAGGGGUUAUCUGUGAAAGGAGGGAAGAACAGAAAGAGGAAGAGAAAGAAGACGUGCUUGAAUGGGACAAAAAACCAAGAGGAAAAAUCGAGGAAAUCACAAAGUAUCUGGACAUCUCUGAGCCUGAGACAGUUCCUUCCCCUGGUCUGAUAAGCCCAACUGAGCCAGAAGUCCUUCGAGAGACAGAAUAUGAUCGAGAAGAUAAGCAGGGCCUUUUGUUCAGGGAAGCAGCCUUGCCUGGCUCCAUGAGCUAUGAGAAGGUGGAGGUGGUGGAGUCCAUCGAGAAGUUUUCAGACGAUAGAAUUCAGACGUACGAAGAGACAGCGAUGAUUGUGGAGACGAUGAUAGAGAAGACAAGCAAGAAGAAACCAGGUGACAAAGGCUCUUAA